CCGCUCGGGGCGCGGCAGGCUCCGGGCAGGCAGCAUGGGCGGCGGGGCGCUGCGGAUGCUGCUGCUGUUACGCUACCUGGCCCUGGGCGCCGGGCUGGAGCAGGAGCCCUCCGAGCCGGGCUCCGGACUGCACCCAGAUGAAGUGAACUUGCUGGACAAACUGACUUCUUCCGCCCAGGACUUCAGCAAUAUUUCCCUCAGUUAUGACGAAGCCAACUGCAGUGUCUUGGAGGUUGGACAGUACUCCACCCUCAGCAUCCCCACCCGGGAGGCCUUUGGGGACAGGUUUGCAGAUGAGCUGAGCGUGUUGCUGAAACUUAAGUAUUCUCUGAAGGAGGAGACCAGCCUCUUGACGAUCCUCAGUCAUCGUAGCCAUGUGCUGUUCCAGAUCAGGAUUAACCCCCUUGCCUUGGUCUUUGUCACCACUAGGAGGCGACAUUAUGAGUUCCCAGUUUCCAUCCUGGGGGAUGGAGACUGGCAUCAGGUUGCCCUCAGCAUCUCCUCCGAGAGACUGGAGCUGCAUGUGGACUGUCAGCUGGUGGAGAGCGUGGGCUGGUCCAAUUACUUUGGGAUGGGCGUCACCAUGCAGGGGCUGGUCAUUCUUGGAGGCCUGAUUGAAUCUUUUGAGAUUCCCUUUGAGGGUGCUCUGCAGCAACUGACCUUCCAGAUGGGAGACCCGGGGGCUGCCGGUGAAUACUGUGGAGGCUACAAUCCCAGAUGCGCCAGCGCUUUCAGCACUGAAGCUUUCCGCAACCAGUCCCGCUCCCCAGGGGAGCUUUCUCCCGCUUGGCCAGAGGUGCCAAAAGAAACCAAUGAAAUUCAGGAAUCCUACACUCAGGGCUCAAAAUUUACUACUUCAGAUUUGGCCGUGCGGCCACCCCUGGUGUGGGAGAAUUCCCAAGAGAACCUUAGGCCCAGGCCCAAUGGAAGUGCCCUCACUUCAGCCCCUUCUACUAAAAGGCUCUCUGCUGAGGAGGAGGAAGAGGAGGAACACCUUUCUAUUGAAGAGGAAGGCUUUGAGCUUUUGAACGCCACCUACAAUAAAAUCACAGGACCUGGCAGGCCCGGGGUUGGCAGAAGCGAGUUGGAGGUCACCGGAAAUGCCAGUGAUUCCAUUACCACGGUUACCUCAGUUCCUGCUUCUGGGCGUCGAGAUGUUCAGGUGGCUGAUGACAACAUUAUCCUUUCGCGAACCUCCACCAAAGUCAACAGACCGGCUUCCAAGAAAGACCACGUUUCGAAACCCCAGGAUGAGAACAUCACUAUGGAAAAGCUGAAGGGAGACACGGGCUCUCGGACCUGGUUCUCACGCAGCAAACCGAUUGAUGCCAUCAUAGACCUAGACAACCCUUCCAUCUUCUCCAAAGUCUCUGCAGAGGUCAGCCAGACAGCGGUCUCUGCAGGAAACAUAGCCAGGGCCCCCUCUUCUGACUCCCAUAGGAAGGCGGAGGCACCUGUGGGUGAAGGAACCCUAGAGAGCCCUUCUAAAGCUUCCCUAAGCCCCGAGGAUGCUGUGAAACCAAUGCAGAUAUCACUGGAUACUGAGGUGGUCCCCACAGAGCACAACAAAGGGGUCGUGCAUCAAGGGAAGACAGGCAGUGAAGCAAAGGGGAGUGAGGACCAUGGUCAGGCCGGUGUCUUGUGGACAGCAGCAGACGGUCAACAGGUUCGAGUGAAGCCAGGACCCCGGGGGCCGCAAGGACCACCAGGUUUGCCUGGUUGUCGAGGGAGACGCGGACCUCUGGGACCCAAAGGAGACAAAGGGUACUCUGGUGCAAUGGGGAGAACAGGCCCCCCAGGAGAUCCAGGCCCCCCAGGCGUCCCUGGUGUACCUACCGUUGUUCUCUGGAGAAAUUCAAAGGAGGACUGGCUGGCGUUCAUGCAAUCCUCAUUUUACCAGCUUCUCCAUGCAGGCUGGCCGAGACAUCCAGGACCACGUGGGCUGCCGGGGCAUCCGGGGAAACCAGGAUUACCUGGUCCGCCCGGAUAUCCAGGAGACCCAGGAGAUAAAGGCCGGUUGGGGUAUAUGGGGGAGUCUGGACUUCAGGGCUUCCUGGGACACGCUGGUUUCCCUGGCUCAGAUGGGCUUCCUGGAAUGGAUGGAAAGCCUGGACCACCUGGGUUACCAGGAGAGCAGGGCCCUCAGGGAUUUAAGGGCGACCAAGGUCCAGCUGGAGAGAAAGGAGACCAGGGGUUCUUGGGUGACCCCGGACCACCUGGGGAAAAAGGAGAAAAGGGGACAAAGGGGGUGAAAGGACAAAACGGCCCUUCUGGACCUGCUGGAGCUCAGGGGAUGAUGGGUGUCAAGGGUGCUUCAGGGUUCCAGGGCCUGCCUGGACCAGAGGGGGAAAGUGGUGCAGUGGGUUCUCCAGGGCCGGCCGGACCUGUGGGGGAGCCGGGGCAGCCGGGGCCAGUCGGAUUACAAGGAGUCAAUGGCUCUCAGGGAGAAAUGGGCCCUUCCGGCUUGCCAGGCCCACGGGGCCCGAAGGGACCACAAGGCUUGCAAGGGAGACGUGGACCUCCAGGGCCUAGAGGAUCACAGGGUCCACUUGGGAUAGAAGGAUCCUCUGGGCCUAAAGGAGACCCGGGAGCAGUCGGUCCUUCUGGACUAAGAGGAGAGCGUGGUCAAGAAGGCCCCAUGGGGUUGAUUGGAAUGCCAGGUUCAAAAGGACUUCCAGGAGACCAGGGUGGUGAAGGCACAGAUGGAGUGAAAGGGGACAUGGGAACCAAAGGAGACAAGGGAGAACGUGGGCCACAGGGGAUGAAAGGGCCCCCAGGAGUUCGAGGUCAAAUGGGUCUGCAAGGAUUUCCUGGACCCAGAGGGCCGGCUGGACGCCAAGGACAUGACGGGGAGGAAGGACAAAUAGGCCCACCUGGCCAGAACAACAGUGAAGGGCCAAAGGGCAGUCGAGGACCAGAUGGCUCGAAGGGAAUGCCUGGGCCAAGAGGACACAGGGGCCGUACGGGCCAGCGUGGGUUGGUUGGAAUCCCAGGACCCCCAGGCUUACGAGGCGUUCCUGGAAUAGCAGGCCCAGAAGGAAAGCCUGGUACACAGGGUGUAUCAGGUGUCAUGGGGAGCCCUGGCAGAAAGGGACCAGCUGGUGCUGGUGGCUUACCAGGUGACAGAGGGCAUGAUGGACCUACUGGACCAAUAGGCCCUCCAGGAAAACCAGGACCAGACGGAGACCCAGGUUCACCGGGGCCAAGGGGGCUGCCUGGUAAACUUGGCUUGGAAGGACUGCAAGGACCUGUCGGCAUGUAUGGCUACCCAGGACCUGUUGGUGACAGAGGAAAGGCAGGACCCAGGGGUGAAAAGGGAGAGCCCGGAGUCCGGGGCCCACCAGGAUUUCCAGGAAAAGCCGGUCCCAAAGCUCCCCCCGGCCCACCUGGUGGGAAAGGUCCCCCUGGUCCACAGGGGAGACUGGGAGACCCAGGUCCCAGAGGGCUUCCGGGACUGCUGGGGCCUCCAGGCAUUCAAGGGCCAGAUGGCAUCAGCGGUAAGCCUGGUGUGCCAGGAGAGAAGGGGCCUGCUGGACUGAGUGGGGCUGCAGGACCGGCUGGAUACCCAGGCCAGGAAGGGCCAGCUGGGCCAGAAGGGCCUUUGGGGGAGAAAGGAGAGAAGGGUGAAGUGGGAGAGCUGGGAGAAGCUGGCAUCAGAGGCCUGGAUGGAGAGCAGGGUUCCCCGGGACUCCCUGGAGUGGAAGGUCAGCCUGGGUCCAAAGGGGAGCAGGGAGAGGCAGGAAUCCCAGGGGCUCCAGGUGUCAAUGGAGGCUCUGGGGAGCCAGGAGAGGACGGGCCGAAGGGACACCCUGGGAGACCUGGGGAACUAGGAAAAGAGGGUGACAUCGGGGAGCCCGGAGAUAUGGGGGAGCCCGGGCCCAGGGGCAAAAAGGGUGACCCCGGCCCCAGGGGCCCUCUUGGAAUGCCUGGACCAGGUGCCGUUAUGGGAGAAACUGGUGGAAAGGGGCUUAAAGGAGAGAAGGGGCAAGAAGGUUUACUGGGCCAGGUCGGUGUGAUUGGGGUUGCAGGACCUGCUGGAGCUAGAGGACGAAUUGGUGAAGCAGGCAUCCUAGGUCCACCCGGGUUAGCUGGCCCUGAGGGAGAGAAGGGGGAUCCAGGACCAAGUGGACUGAUUGGCCCAGCUGGUGUGGCUGGAUUGGAGGGAGUCCCUGGGGAAGAUGGAAGAAAAGGAGAGCGAGGCAAGCCAGGGCCUGCCGGUGCAGCAGGCUCCAGGGGUGAAAGUGGGAGCCAAGGACUCAAGGGCUUUGGCGGGCCUGACGGACCCAAAGGAGAUGCAGGGGGAAAAGGAGAGACUGGCCAUCAGGGUUCCUGUGGGCCACCUGGAGAAGUGGGAGCAGCAGGGCUAAGUGGCGUUGAAGGCCCUCCAGGUGAGAGGGGGAAGCUGGGGGAGCCAGGAGAACCAGGACGAACGGGGCCUCGAGGACAGCUGGGUCCGGAGGGACAGAGGGGUCGUAAAGGAGAAAAGGGGAACAGCGGGCGCGAAGGAGAUCAGGGCCUCCCUGGCAAUCCAGGCAGACGGGGCAAGCGAGGCAAAGCUGGGCGCAAGCUCCCAAGAGGCCCCAAGGGGCCCAAGGGCCAUCCAGGUGAACCAGGGUCAGAGGGACCACGUGGCCCACAAGGACCUUAUGGGAUUCCUGGACUGAAAGGGGUGAAGGGAGACCAGGGACCAAAAGGACAGAAGGGUGAGAAAGGCAGCAAGGGAUAUCGUGGCCCGCAAGGAGAUGAUGGCUUCAAGGGCAAGCAAGGACCCAUAGGUGCACCUGGAAGGCCUGGAUCAAAGGGAGAGCAGGGUAAUAUCGGCCCACCUGGUCCACGGGGAUCCUCCGGCUUCCCUGGAAUGCCAGGCUUAUUUGGACAAAAAGGACUUAAAGGUUUCCAAGGCCUGCCAGGACCCAAAGGCGAGCCAGGCCUGCCUGGUGCGCCCGGCCUUGCCGGUCCCAGGGGACCCUCGCUAAAUGUCUCCAUGGAGGAACUGAAGCAUCUGAUUUAUUCAACCAACAAACUGAACUACGCCAGGGUGUGGGCUCUUCUGGACAACUUGGGCCAUGAGCUGAAGCUCCUGGUAGAGCCCCCAAAUGGCACUCAAGACAACCCGGCUGCCAACUGCAAGGAGCUCCUCCUGGCUCAGCCUGACCUGCCUGACGGUUAUUAUUACAUAGACCCCAAUCAAGGCAGUCCGCAGGACUCUCUGCUGGCCUUCUGCAACUUCACGGCAGGGGGAGAGACCUGUAUCGCUCCAGUACGCAAUCAGGUGCCUAUCAAAGCCUGGCUGAGAGCUUACACCUCCAAGGAGACCUUUGAGUGGUUCAGCGCCCUGCCUGGGGGCUUCCUGCUGGAAUACCAGGGCGCCAGCACCGUCCAGCUCCGCUUCCUGAAGCUGCACAGCAGCCUCGCCACCCAGAAGGUGUCGUACUCCUGCAGGCCUGACGCCAACGGAGCGCCGCAGCUGGAGAAAGACGUCAAAUUCCUAGCGGACUCCAGGGAGCAGAGCUACCUGACCACGCUGCCAGGCUGCAUGCUGGACAACGAGUCUUCGAUCACAGACACCAUCUUCCAGUUUUCCACCGAGGAGCUGGCGCUCUUGCCCCUGCGAGACCUGGCUGUGUUUCACAAUGGAGAUGUCUCACACCAGUUUGGCUUCACGGUUGGUCCAGUUUGCUUCAGCUGAAUCCAGAAACAAAAAUCCACUUUCCUUUUGGGGAAUAUAUGACUGCAAAGGAGAAAGGAACUAAAAAAAACCCUUCCCAUUGCUGCACUUCUGGCUGGCUUUUGAAAGCUACCCUUCCUAUUUAUAAGGUAAUGUUCAUAGCUGCAUUAUGCCAUGGACUACACGGCCUUCUGAAGGAGGAGACUAUUGUUUACAAAAGUAAUUUCUCUAUAAAUAUAUAUAUAAAAGGUGCUAAUUUAAUAAUUGAUGGGAAAAUUGUCAUUUAACUCCAUCCAUUAGGGGCUGCUUAAAAGGAGAUCCAAGCUUUCAGCUGGGACCAAGUUUGCUUCCCCUUGUUCAAUUGCACAGGUCCCUGGGUCCCUUUCUCUGCUGCAGCACCAAUGGAUUAGCACAGGCAACUAGCCAGGCCAUUGGUGCCCAUGGAGAUCAGGCCAAUCACACAACAGCUGGAGCUGGCUGGGAAUUUUUCCACAAGUGUGUGUUCAUCGAAAAAUGACCAUUUCUCAAAACCGGAACUUUUUGUAGGAAAGGGUCAGUUGAGAUGAGAUUUGACUCAAAAAUGUCCCUGGAAAAAUUCUGGGUUUUUGGUUUAAAACUAUGUUGCGUUUCUAAAUUUAAGCUGUGUAACAAUGGUUGAAAUCAAAACAUUUCAACGGUAGCACAAUGAAACGUUGCUGGGUGACCGAAGCUGAAUAUUUGUUCUUUUUGGAUUUUCAAGGUGUGAAAAUUGUCACGAUUUUCACUUUUUCCCAAUUCAGGGUAGGGAGGAAUAUAUUGACAUAGGGUGACCAGACAGCAAGUGUGAAAAAUCAGGCCGGGGAUGGGGGGGGUAAUAGGAGCCUAUAUAAGAAAAAGACCCAAAAAUCUGGACAUCUGGUCACCCUAUAUUGACAGCUCAAAAAUGUCUGCAGAAUGGGAGAAGGGAUUCCCGCCCAGCUCUAACUGCAAACUAUCUCCAGGAGGUUCUACAUACUACCACCCUGCUGGCCUUACGGGACGAGUAGCACCUUGCCUUUCAGUUCUUAAAGAAAAUACACGAGAUUAUUCAUGCAAACUCUUCACUUGGUCAGCCAGCAACGUGUUUGUUAGCACUGCUGCCCCAGGUGUGAUUGUGAAAGAUGGCAUGAGAAAUACUGCCAUCAACUCCUGAACUUUAUCAAGCUCGGUAGAAGGGAGUAUCAUAUUUAAUGGCAGUUAAAUUAAGAUGCCCUCCUUAAAUCAUUACAAUAAGCAACAAAUGCUGCCAAUUUUUCAGGAGUAGUUAGGGGAGAAAAUUCACUAUGUAGAGAAAAGGGAUAAAAUUUGUAGCAGGAGGCUCCUAUCCAUGUGAUGAAGGUUUAUUUAAGGCCUCCUUUCACUAAGGGAGACAUACUGAAGGGCAAGAAGUGUCUAGAAUCUGCUGCACAAUGAACUGGUACAUCAGGAGUUGCUGCUGAGAAUCGGCCUAUUUACAACAGUUCUGUUGUACAUGGGCAUGUUUUCUAGCAGGUGCUGCCAACCUUGAGGCAGAGCCCUAUUUCUAUUAGCUGGCUUGGGACAGGGUCGGGGUCCUAGAGGAUCAGCAGCAGUUUUACAAUUCAGCCCCAUUCCUGGAGUCCAAGUCCACCCCCCACGCAGGAGGCACCUAUUGUUUGGAAGAGAUCUGAUUCCCUUUGUAGCUCUUCCUAUAAACCCAAACACCUGCCUUGCUUACAGAUGGGCUUGUUUUGCUCUUAAAAAGCCAAGUGCGUGAAAUCUCACAUUUAAAAACAAUGCUGUGGGUAUGGGCAAGCUAGCAGGAAUUAACUAAGCCCAGGCAUGCGUCAUCCCAAUGUGUGUUUGUGGACUGAUGAGUGGGGGAGCGAGGGCAGCUGCAUGCACUGCUUAGCUCUAGGCCACUAGUGUUUUGCAACCUAUUUGUAAGUGCAGCUUCCCCCUAGUAAGGAUUGCUGUUCAGAGCCCUCACCCUCACUGGCCAGGGGGAGGUACAAGGGGAAGCUGAAGCUGUUCAGAGCCCUCACCCUCACUGGCCAGGGGGAGGUACAAGGGGAAGCUGAAGCUGUUCCCAGCAGUGUGAUAAAGCCCUGUACUCGGUUAAAUUCUGCUUCAACGUCCUUCGGCUGAGGUCUUUUACUGUUUAAAUGUGAUGACAUCCAUUGCUGGCAGUGGAUGUACCAAACUCACCAUUGACCAGGGGCUCUGGCCGCAGGGUUCACUGCUCUCCUCUUAUUUGUAUAAUUUGCAUUUUUAGCCUGACCUCUAUAUGAUAUGCUGGUCAUUUUGUAUAAAGAUGGGAUGCAUUUUA